AUGCUACACAUCAGUGGUCUUGUCACCGCGUGGUUCGGCGCCCGCAGCCCGCGCUUCGUGUUCCGCGAGCCGUCCCUGUCGUCGGUGUCCAACAUCUACGCGCUGCCGUUCGACGCGGACGUGUGGGGCACGUACCUGGCCACGGUGCUGGCGCUGGCGGCCAUCUUGCACGCGGCGGCGCGCCUGGACGCCCGCCUCCGUAAGCGGGGGCGGCGGCAGGUGCGGCAGGGGCAGGGGGCGCGCGCCGCGGACUGGAGCGAGACCUUGCUCAACUGCCUGGGGCUCGCGUGCCAGCAAGGCUGGCCGGAUACUCCAGACAACAUCACGUCUAGAAUAAUUUUCCUCUUCUUCUGCAUCCUCUCUAUAUUCUUCUUCACCGCCUACUCGGCCAUCAUAGUGUCCCUCCUGCAGUCGCCGAGUUCGGCCAUCAACUCCCUGGACGACCUCGCCGGUGGUCCCCUGAAGGUGGCCUUCCACGACACCAUCUACAACCGCAACUCGGGGAACUAUGUCAACCUGUCUGCCGUCCCGGUGGUGCGGAGGCUGUUCGAGGGGGAUUCGCGCCACGGGGCAGGCAGCUUCCUGGAGCAGCAGCGGGGGCUGGAGCUGGUGCGGCGAGGGCAGGUCGCCUUCCACGUGGACUACAGCGCCUACAAGAUCAUCUCGGACACGUGGCAGGAGCACGAGAAGUGCAACCUCAAGGAGCUGCGCCUGUACCCGCAGUUCGCCUUCAUCAUGCCCGUGCAGAAGGGCUCCCCCUACAGGGAGAUCAUCAAGCGGAAGCUGAGGUGGCUGCGCGAGGUUGGGUUGGUGCGGCGCGAGUGGCUACGCUGGGUGGCCGAGAGGCCGCGGUGCGCCAGCAGCGGCGCGGUGUUCGUCAGCGUGGGCGUGCAGGAGUUCCGGCCGGCGCUGGAGGUGCUGGCGCACGGCGCUGCGCUAUCCGCGGCGGUGCUGGCCGCGGAGCUGCUGGCCCGCCGCCAGGGGCGCUGCCGGGCCCGCUAA